ACUGCAUACCGAAGCGAGCAACAAGUUGUCAUGUCUGUCUUGGAGUAUCUUUGCUAGGUUAGGUGCGGCGGCAGCGGCAGUUGUGUGCAACCUCCAGUCCACCUGAGACCCGAGAAAAGCGCGGCGCGAGCAAAGGAGCAGAGUGUUUCGGAAAAGUCGGCAUGGCCUUCCACGGACCAGCGUACGGCCUCAGCAGGGAGUGCCAGAUGAAGGCGCAGGCAAAGUUCAGCCUGGAAAGAGCGCUCGAGUGCGUCUCGUGGGUGGAAGACAUGAUUGGACGCCGCCUCGACACCCCCGACGGCGGCCACAACAUCAAGGACCAGCUCGAUUUCGCCUUUGGACUCAAGGAUGGCAUCACUCUCUGCGAGCUGAUAAACAGGCUGGAGCCAGGCACCGUGAAAAAGAUCAAUACCAUGAAAGCACCCUUCAAACAGAGGGAAAAUAUCGAGAUGUUCCUCAAAGGCUGCAUUUCCUACGGGCUCAAAUCUCAAGACUUGUUCCAAGUCAAUGACCUCUACGAGCAUAAAAAUAUUUACAUGGUGGUUGACUGCCUAUUUUCGUUAGGAGGGCUGGCCCAGAAAAAGGAAUUCGACGGUCCAGUACUCGGUGUGAAAGUGGCCAAUGAAAACAAACGUUCGUUUACCGCUGAACAGCUGAACGAGAGCAAGCGAAUAAUUGGGCUGCAGUACGGCAGCAACCAGGGCGCCAGCCAGUCCGGAAUGACCGCUUUUGGUCACACCAGACAAAUCCUGCCAGACGAGUUCAUGAGACGCUGAAUGAGGAGGCGAGUUGUGUACAAGUCUAAAUUAAGCCUUUCACUACACGAUAACAUUAGCAAUUAAGACGAAAGAACUACGACGUUUGGAACCUCAAAAAUUAAUCCCAUGCUGUCUUCUAACCUGCGGUUCACUUUUUAUACUAUUUAUUUUGUAAGCAUAAGCAAAUAGAGACUCUUGCCAAGAAUAAAACUGUAUAUUCUGUGUGUCAUAAAAAACGAAAACCAAAAAUGAAUUAAA